UCUGGCUGGCCGCUGAUCCCAGGUCAGUGUGCUGCUGACCAGCGACACAUGGAAGCAGGAAAACCGACUUGAAGUCAGUUCUGUGGGCGACAGCGUUUGACCGUGGCGUUUGGACCGAGAUGCUCCAGUUUUUCGCCUCCGAGCGUCUGGGGUGUCUCGCAGGCCAAAGAAAGUAACCACGGACUGCUCGAGGACACCGGGGAUGUGGUGCCCGACACAGAAUUAGUGGGUUUACAUCAAUACACGCGUUGGACAGGCCUUUGAGAGGUGGACAUUGGUCAAGACGAGCUCGCUUUUCCCGUUCCAGGGGGACAAACUCGUAUCCAGCCAAGAUGGAGAUGCUGUGCUUUCGUUUACCUGGCCACGGAGAUACGACCCUGAAACACAUGGAUCAGUUGAGGUCCCGGCAACACUUUUGUGACAUCACAAUUGUGGCUAGCGACAACCAGACUUUCAAGGGCCACAAGGUGGUAUUGGCUGCCUGCUCACCAUUUCUGAGGGAUCAGUUCCUGCUCAGUCCAUCGUCAAAACUGCAGGUGUCCAUGCUGUACAGCUCUACGGUUGUGUGUGAUCUGCUCCAGUCCUGCUACACCGGCGUGCUCCAGUUCAAUCCAGAAGAAAUCGUCAACUACCUGACGGCAGCCAGCUACCUGCAGAUGGAACAUAUAGUGGAGCGCUGCCGGGGAGCUCUGAAGAAAUACAUGCAGCUAAAGAACCUCACUUCACAAAAGGUUUUGCAAGAAGACGGGUUGUCUACCCGCCAGGCUGCCGUCAGCGGAGACAGCGAUCGGACCCCUUCUGUUAGCCGCCAGUCCUCAGAGCAGCCACCCAGUCCCCUGGUUCGCUUUGUGGAAGAGGCCCAUGACCCAAGAGAUUUGUCUACUCAGGGCAGCGGUCAGCACAGCAGUGACAGUCCAUCAUAUGAUGAGCUGUGCAUCAAGGUGAACGCAUCAGAUGAGGAGGAGCAGGCCGCACAAACCGACUGUGACACCUUCAGGAUUUAUGUCGCUGAUGAACAGAUGGACAGAGACAAGCACAUGGCGGCCAACGAUGCACCUGAAGACUAUCCAGAGCCCGAUGAUGUUGUGCUCAGAGAAGAAGGCGAGUACGACUCCAAUCCAGCCAAAGAGGACAUCCGGACAGCAGAUGGGUUUUUAAAAGAAGGACUUUUGGUGAAUGAAUUCAAGCACAGAUUGCUGCCCGCUCGGAGUGGCAGAGGGAGAGGGCGGGGAAGGGGCUUCAAGAGGAGGAGGUCAUCUCUGGAGAAAAGACUAGCUGGUUUAGGUCACCAUGCAGACAUGUGGUAUAUUGCAAAUGCUGGGAUGGCUGGUUUUGGAAUGGACUUCAGUCCCGAUGGGCUCAAACCUGGAGGUUUGAUGUCCGUGGAUCCUCCACGGUUCAGCGCGGGGGGAGAAAGGCUUUCCCCUCUGGCAACCAACAGACCCUUUUCUCUCGAAGAGUCUAGCUCUAGUGUUGGAGAGGGAACCUCUGCUCUCACUGUGGGAACGAAGGAGGGGGGGGAUGAGUCUGUUGCUGUUGUGGGCUCAACAUCGAGUGUAACCGGGCCUGUAAUCUGUGAGCACUGUAACAUGACCUUUUCCUCGGCCCAUGUGCUUACCAUCCACUCCUGCUCCACUCACAUGCAGUUCACUUGCCCAUGCUGCGGAAAGCAGUUCCACAACUCGGCCAAGCUGUCGAGACACAUGAUGGUACACCGUGGCUUGAACAAAACACACCAGUGCCCCCUCUGCUACAAGACCUUUACCCAGAAAUCCACACUGAUCGACCACAUGAACCUCCACAGUGGCGAACGGCCACAUCGCUGUGCCUACUGUCACGCCCGCUUCGCCCACAAACCGGCCUUACGGCGGCACCUGAAGGAGCAACAUGGCAAAACAACCGGGCAAAACUCCUUACACGAGCAGGAGGAGAGGGAGAGAGCUGCGAUACAGAUGCAAGACGAGGAGUGUUUGGCCUCCGAUCGUCUAUCCUAAACUGAGAGUAUAGAUAUAUCAGCACAAUGUGUAAAACAAUCAUGAUUAUUUUAAUGAGCUUUUCAGUCCGCCAGUUUGGUUACGUAAAGCAAACUAGUCCAUUCAGUAGUACUCAAAGUUGGGGGACGCAUUGCUAUGUCUGGUGGGCAGAGUUUGGGGGGGAGAAAAACAAAAGGAAAACAGAACAUAAUUGUUGCCACCUCAAGCGUCUUUUUUACGUGUUAAUGAAGGGUCCUGUGUUGAAGCAGAACGGUUGUUUCAGUCUGUGGGCGCAUGAUGGACACAUCGAAGCGGGAAAUGAGUGACUCCACCUCAGCUGUUUAAAAACUAAAAGGCUAGUAGUUGUCUUGGGUUUUUCUCCAAUUUUACUAUCAUUUGUCCUAUUUCAGGAUGUAUUGUCAUAGUUAAACUACAGCAUGUAUAUAACAGAGGUUAAACUACUUUCCCUAAUACUUGAAAUAUGAAACAAGACGCAAGGAAAUAUACAGAUCUUGGAAUUAUAAAGAUAUAUAAAGACCAUUGUAUUUUCCAUUGUUACUUAUUUGGCAAAAACUUACCACCGUAAGAGGUUGGGAACCACACUGGCGUAAUUCGAUGACUGAGCUUUUAGCAACAAAAAAAAUGUCAGUUUCUGUGUUCAAUUGAAAAACACAGUACAUUUUAGUCUACAACUGGACCUGCAACCAUUUCACUGUUCAUCAGUGUCAAGUUUCUGUGAGUUUAACUGUGUGUUACCUCAGUCAUUCCAAGUCAUGGAUGUGUACCAAGCUCCUCCCACUGCUAAUUCCACCCAUCCAACCAACUUGAACUGCCUAACUUAAAUGUCCUGCCUUUACUCCGCGUGCGUGCAAACUUGGUACUUUGUUUUAGUGAGUGCCAGCGCCGCUGGCUGUUAGAAGUGUGCCGCUCAUAUUUGACAGCUUGAUAAGGAUGGGGGCUCACUUUUAGAUAGAACUUCAUAUUCACGUUCAGCCGUCUGAACUCCAACUGGAAGUGUUCACCUAAACCAACUCAUCGUGUUUCAGAAAGUGUCACAGGCCAUCACAAGUCGCGCUUGAACUUCCAUGGUCUCCACUGCAGUUCAAGCAAGUGCCUCUGCUCAAUAAUUUUCCACACAAACUUGCAGGAUACUGACGUCCACUGACAUUUCUGAUUUUGACAUCUUCUGCAACUGGGAGUGCCCAUACUUGAGCCUCUUUAUCAUGAAGUGUAGCAGACUCAUCAUCACGUGAGCGGGACCUCACUCAACACUUACACUGUACUGAGGAAGGUGAUGACUGGAGUCAACUUUAAUUCCUACUGAAAUCUUCUGAGCGUCAAACAGGCUUAAGCUUUAGACCAAAUCUUGAUCACUGAAAAUCCUGUAACUGUUUGCCUUCCUUCUGAACUAUGAUCAUCUUCACAAGCUUUUACCCAGUGACUGCUGUUUACAAUGAUGUUGGGUGUGGAUAUUUCAUGUAAAUAAAGUGUUCUCUU